CUGUUUUCUGAGAAGAAAGUAAGACCUCAGUCAGUCAGGCUGGCUUAGUGGUAUAUAAAUUUAGGGUCUCUAAGCAAUGACAAAUUAACUCUGAGGAAGAAUACUCAUCCAAAAAAUUUGUUACCAUUCAGGAUAUUUGUCAUCAGGGACUCCUGAGAAAGCAACUUAUUCUUCAGGAAGCUUUCUUACUGCUGUGUGUCCAAUUCCAGCUCUCUUGCACUUUCUGAGACCUGGGAGAGGAAGGCAGUUUUUCAGACACUGAUUUGGUGGUGAAAUGCAAGGCAGCUGUCGGAAGGCUGCCUACUACCAUCUCAGUUCUAUUGGACAGUCAACAUGGACCUUUUAACUGAUAUCAUUGUUGCUAACUCUUUGGGAAGGGCAAAAUCUCCAGAGAGCCUCAAAGUAAUGUGGGCUGCCAAUAUGGGACCCAGACUUAUACCAGUGCAAACCAAGAACAGGGCAAUGGAAGGAACCUCAUUGGGUUGGCAGGAAGAAAGUAGAUGUUCAUAUGUCACCAAGGUUAAAACCAAUGACAAGUACUAAUUUGACAUUUGCACUUUGUUCUUAUCCCGCAAAGGUGCUUCCUACACAAGAAGUCACAUGACCACAGAGUGUCAUUUGUCAAAGAACCAAGAACUUGUUCAAAACUCUACAGAGCAUCCAAUCUAUCACGUGGAUAUGCAAUAAUGAGCAGCCUGCAGACAGACGUCAUCCCCUGAAAAUGUCCUAAACAAGGUGCAGGCCAACGAGGAAGAGGAGAGGCUGAAUAGAGAACUGGAGCUAACUACCAAGGAGAGAAAUGAGCUGACAGAUCGCCUCCUUUAUGUGACAGGUGGAUCCAUGAGCAAGAGGUAUGCAUUGCUCCAAACAAACGACCUUGUUCUAAACCUCAUCUCCCAUAGAGAGGAGAUUCAGAACCUGACCCUUACUGAGGAGUGAGAUUGAAAAUGGACUCUCUGAUUCUGCCUGUUGAAAAUCUGAACUUGCAAUCUGAGUGAAGAUUUCAGGGAUAAAGUCACUGGAGCAUGAGUUCCCAGUGUACAAUUGGAAAGCCCUUGACAGGUGGUAGUUUUGCAAGGUUCUAGGUGCUGUGAGUUUGUGGAGAGUGUUUGUACUUGCUAGGAAGGUGACUGAACGCUAUCAUCUCCUGGCAGCAGCCUUAGGUGACAGGACCCACAGUGUUCAUAUCAAUGCUUAAGUAGAAGGCCUGAGGCUCUGGCCUGCUCCUUCUUGUCUCUGUGCCUUACACUCUGAGACAGUAAUGGUGCAUGCAUUUCUACUGAUUCUCAUUGUGCUCUUUCCAUAUUUGUCUCUCUUUCUCAUUCUCUGAGUCUGUUUACUUUUCUUUUCUUUUUCUUUUUUUUUUUUUUUGGUUCUUUUUUUCGGAGCUGGAGAACUUACUUUUUUUUUCUUGUGGGUGUGCCCCAGUUUGUGUGUCUGUGUGUGCACAGGUCUGCAUGCAUAUGCACAACCUUUAUAUGUUUCUCUAUCCCUCCACCUUUGGAAUUUAGGGGUCUGUUUUUUGACCUCAGGAUUUACCUUUAUAAUAGUUUCAUGGAGGUGUAAGUGCUUUAUUUUGGAAGCCCCACUUUCAACAGCACAGUUCUUUGCCUGUGUAGUCACAUUUGUCUAUACAUUUGUAUGCCUUGGGCAGAUUAUAAGUUUGUGGCAAUAUCUGGUCUCAUCUCCAGAAUUAUGUGUACUGUCUGCCUCUAGAAUAUUAGUUAUUCGGCUUGUAGCAUUCCACUUGUCAAAACAGGAAAAAUGAAAUCAGAGGUUUCUGGAUGUGUGUGUGUGUGUGUGUGUGUGUGUGUGUGUGUGUGUUUGGGUAAGCUCUGUGGCCUAGGCUCUUGACAGCAUAACAGGUUUGAAUGCAGAUCCAGCCCUCCUGAUUGAAAAAUGUGAGCCAGGGGACCCUUUAUCUGGGUGCUUAGCUUCUGUUGUCCUGGGCACACAAUUCCAAGUUUCUGAAGCUGAAGAAGAUCCAAAUAUGUAGAAUUCAGAAAGUGUCCUUCCAGGGCUGGGGUAGUACAGGACACAGCCUGAGUUCCUCUAAUCCUAAACCUCGAUGUUCAUUGGGUUCUAUCUUCCUGGGGCCAGCCCCUACUUCAGGCCAAAUCCAUUUUAUGAAAACUUGAAGAUAAAGGAGAAAGAGGUCAUGUCAUUACUGCACAACUUAGACACAAAGAACAUUGAACAUCGUGAGAAAUUUCAGGAGCUCAAGAAGGAGAUUAACUUCUAUCGCAACCUGCACAGCCGGCUCCUGAUGGACCAGGCAUGUAUGAAGAAGAAGUUGGUCACAUUGAAGCAGGAGAGCAAGGAGUUACAGCGAUAUUUGUUUGAGUUGAACCCGAAUGCUGAAGACGAACAGGAGAAGACCAGCAACCUCCAGACCCAGCAAAAUGUGGUCUCAGGAACUGCAGGAGACAUGGAAUAGGACAGAUCCCAGGAAGACAGCCCCCUGAAGAGUGAGUUUCUCUGUCAGGAGUUCCCUGCUGACGACAAUCCUCAACAGUCAAAGACUUUUUUGGGGAGAAUAUUCUUCUUCUCAGUUAAUUUCCUCAUUGUAUAGAGACCCUAAAUUUAUGUAUCCGUAUGCCAGCCUGUCUCAUUGAGGUCUUUCUCCUCUCUCAUACCGACAACACCAUUUGAGAGACAUCUGAGGGGACUGCCUUGAAAUCUCGUGUCCUAGAGGAGAAACAGCACUACAACUGUGUUUCUAAAUGUUCAUUAAGAAAAUGCUGUUAAGAAAUAUUUUUGGUUAUGAUUUUCAUUGAAGUUUUCUUUUUGUUAUAUCAUAGUUAUAUAUUCUUGUUACUGUUUUUCAUUUUUUAUACCAUUUUAGUUGUUCAUUUUAUGCCUGUUUUUUGUAAAUUGUAUUCCUUAUGAAUAAAAAUUGAUUU